AUGAAGCUCAUUGCGCUCCUCGUCUGCCGCUGCUCCGGAGGUUUGGACAACUUAGUCUUUCUGAGUGGAGCCUACGACCUUUCCGGGUAUCCGUUUUACCAGCGCAACGCCGUGAAGGAGGGCAUCAAGUUCAUUGCACGGACGGCAAUCCCACGACUACCAGUGGGCCGUCAGCAGGAGGUGGAGCAUGAGGGUUCUGUUGCCUUUGUCUUUCGAUACCCUGACUCUCUUGCGAUCCUGGCCAUAGGCGACCACGAAUAUCCGAGAAGAAUAGUAUUUGCAUGUCUGAACGAGGUGCACGAGGAGUUUACCAGCAGCUUCUCUCGGUUGGACUGGCCACGCAUUGAGGGGCGGAGUGCCGCCUCAAAGAGCAGCAAAUCCAACCAUCCCGAUAUUCCUUUCCAGGAAACCCUCGCAGAUAUUUUGAAGAAGUACAAGGACCCUCUGCGCGCUGAUGAGCUUCUCAGGGUGCAGCAAAAGGCGAACUUUGCACAGGAUGUAGCUCGGCAGACGAUCAGCUCGGUAUUGCGGCAUGGCGAGAGUUUGCAGGAGUUAGUCAACCGAAGCGAAGACCUCUCAAGUAGGGGCACUACAGUGUAG